UACCCCUCACAUUCUCUCUCUCUUUCUCUCUGCUCUACCACGGCCAGCUCGGUCGGGUCUAUUACAGGAAACUGACCUCAUUCUCCUUUACUCACUCUUUUACUGAGUUUGAAAAGCACAAACCACUCGGUCUAAAUCGAAGGAUUGCGACAAGAAACGUACUUGCUGAUGCUCGGCUCGGCUACUCUUCUGCCAUGGAGAUCUCUAUGGCUAUUUUGAGCUUUAAUUUGCUGGGAGAUGCAGUAAUUCUUCUCCCUGUCAAUCUUAUUCGAUCUUAGUAGAUUUGGGCCUUCUGGGUUUUGCUCAAAGAAGAAGGAGGAGAACGAGAGAGGAUGCAAAAAGGGAAGGAGGGUUAAAUGAGGGAACUGAGAAAAAAUGGGUUUCAGUUGGGUGUAAUCAUGGUGGUUCUGACUCAGAGUUGUAGAAGUUGGGUUCUUAAAUAAGGUUUUUAAUUACUAGUAGUUAGUAUUAAUAAAUAUUUUAAAAAUUGAAAAGAAAUCGAGUGAGAGAGGGAGAUGAAGCUUUCAACAUCAGGACUGGGUCAACAGGGUGAUGAAGAGAAGAAGUGUUUGAAUUCAGAGCUAUGGCAUGCUUGUGCUGGGCCGCUCGUGUCCCUACCGACGGAAGGGAGCCGUGUGGUCUACUUCCCUCAGGGCCACAGCGAGCAGGUGUCUGCUACAACUAACAAAGAAGUUGAUGGACACAUACCCAAUUACCCGAGCUUGCCUUGCCAGUUAAUGUGCCAACUCCACAAUAUCACAAUGCAUGCAGAUGUUGAAACAGAUGAAGUGUAUGCUCAAAUGACCUUACAACCUUUAACGCAGCAAGAGCAGAAGGAUACAUUCCUUCCCAUGGAGUUGGGAAUGCCAAGCAAGCAGCCCACCAAUUAUUUUUGCAAAACACUGACUGCAAGCGAUACUAGCACGCAUGGAGGGUUCUCUGUCCCUCGUCGUGCUGCUGAGAAAGUGUUCCCUCCGCUGGAUUUUUCAAUGCAGCCACCCGCUCAGGAACUUAUUGCAAGGGAUCUCCAUGAUGUUGAAUGGAAAUUUAGGCACAUAUUUCGAGGACAGCCCAAACGUCAUCUUCUUACCACAGGCUGGAGCGUUUUUGUUAGUGCCAAAAGACUUGUUGCCGGAGAUUCCGUUCUUUUUAUAUGGAAUGAGAAAAAUCAGCUUCUGCUAGGAAUACGUCGGGCUACUCGACCACAAACUAUGAUGCCAUCAUCUGUUAUCUCUAGCGAUAGCAUGCACAUCGGACUUCUCGCUGCUGCGGCCCAUGCUGCUGCAACUAAUACUUGUUUUACAAUUUUUUAUAAUCCAAGGGCUAGUCCGUCAGCGUUCGUCAUACCCCUCUCAACCUAUGUUAAAGCAGUAUUUCAUACUCGUGUUUCAGUUGGGAUGCGUUUUCGAAUGCUAUUUGAGACGGAAGAAUCAAGUGUUCGAAGGUACAUGGGUACAAUAACAGGCAUUAGUGAUCUGGAUCCUGUUCGUUGGCCGAGUUCACAUUGGCGAUCUGUCAAGGUUGGUUGGGACGAGUCAACAGCUGGUGAAAAGCAGCCAAGGGUAUCAUUAUGGGAGAUUGAGCCCUUAACAACUUUCCCCAUGUACCCAUCAUUAUUUCCUCUCAGAUUCAAACGACCUUGGCAUCCAGCAUUCUCAGCUCUGCAAGAUAGCAGGGAUGAAGCAACUAAUGGCUUAAUGUGGCUAAAGGGAGGACCUGGGGACCAAGGUCUACCCUCCAUGGAUAGCCAAACCCUCGGUAUGAUGCCAUGGAUGCAACAGAGGCUAGAUCCAACAUUGCUAGGGAGUGAUAAUAGUCAACAAUAUCAAGCCAUGUUAGCAGCUAAUUUGCAAAAUCUGGGAAGCAUAAAUUCCCCGAGACAGCAAUUUUUGCAGUUUCAAUACUUGCAACCUUCAGCAAGCCAGAAUCCAGUGUUACAGCUCCAGCAGCUACAGCGGCAGCAAGCAAUUCCACAGUCCAUGCCUGAUAAUAUCCUUCAAGUGCAAUCCCAAAUUUCAAGUGAGAACCUGCCUCGGCACUUCCUGCAGCAACCGUUCAAUAACCAGCCAGAAGAACAUGUGCAGCGGCAACAACAUACAUAUCAUGAUAUGCUUGAAGGCAAUCAACUCCAGAGAAAACUUUCAGAUGUGCCCUCUCCUUCAUUUUCAAAAGCAGAUUUUAUUGACUCGAGUACAAAGUUUACAGAAUCCGUUGGUCCUAUGCAAAACAUGCUCAGUUCAAUGUGUCCUGAAGUUGGAGGCGGUCUUUUAAAUUUUUCCAGAGCCGCUCAUUCUGUACUGCCUGAACAGCAAUCCUGGGUUCCUAAGUAUCCACAUCCACAAAUUAACGCUUCUUCGAACUCAACGUCACUCCAACCAUCUUUGGCUGAGAGAGCUGCUUUGUUGCAUUCAGACAACACUAACUCAGAUACCCAGAGCUCUGCCUCUUUUGAUGUAAAUAUUGAUUCUCCUGGACUCUUAUUCGCCACCAAAGUGCCCGGAUAUGCUACUUCUUCAAUCGCUGCCGGUGCAUCCGCAAUGCCAUUAGGAGAUCCUGGGUUUCAGGGUUCCUUAUAUGGUUGCGUGCAAGACUCUUCUGAGUUGUUGCAAAGUGCAGGGCAAGUUGACCCAUCAAUCCUGAACCGAACAUUUGUCAAGGUUUACAAAUCAGGAUCAGUUGGGCGUUCUCUAGACAUCUCCCGGUUCAGCAGCUAUAACCAGCUGCGAGAAGAACUGGCUCAGAUGUUUGGAAUUGAGGGGAAAUUGGACGACCCUCGUAGAUCAGGCUGGCAGCUUGUAUUUGUUGACAGGGAGAAUGACAUACUUCUCCUUGGAGACGACCCGUGGGAGGCAUUUGUGAAUAAUGUCUGGUAUAUCAAGAUACUAUCGCCAGAGGAUGUGCAGAAUUUGGGUGAGCAAGGGGUGGAUUCCUUCAACCCAAAUGGAGGCCAGAGAAUUAACAACAGCGGUGCCAGUGCUCGAGACCAUCUCCCUGGCUCAAUUGAGUACUGACUACUCGAGGUGCCUUCGAUGCCCUUCCCUUCGGCAUGUUGUCAAUUUCCAGAGAGUGAAUAUAUUAUCAACAUCCCUUUUAAAUGCAUUCUAGUAUGAACUUUUCUCUGUUUAGCUACUACUUGUUGCUCUGCGUAAACUGUUAUUCGUCGAUGAAUUUGACUGUUAUUACGGAUAAAAGUAGGCGUAGGUUCAGUACUUGGGUCAAAAGACUAAAUUAUGUGGGCAUUUCAAUCAAAUGUGAACUUUUCGCACUGAAUUUAAGCACUUUUAUCUGUGCUGCUGUUUGAGUUCUC